AGCAUGAUGAUCAUAGAGUGCGGGCCUGGAAGAGCGACCUUCAAAAGGUACAUGUGUGAGUCACAGAUCAACGAUCCGCCCAAGUUAGCACUUGGCAUCAUUUCAGCACAUUCCAUGCGAAUACGUUACCCAACUGCAAAAAUCACACAGCGCGAGCGUACCCGAGUCACAACAACAAACAGGUUGGCCUUUGCCUAUCCCUUUCCUAUUCUGCCUAAUGGCACUCGAAGGGAUGCACGGGUCGUGUGUUUCCGUGUUUUCGUAUUUCUUUCCUGUCCUCUUUCCUGUCCCCUGCUGUUCUUUUCCGCUUUAUUGUUCAAGUGGGGCCGUCCCCAGCACAGACCAGCAACAAGCCGCGACUCGAAAUCCGGGCCUCGGAGAUGGACCUGAGAACAAACGCAUACCCGGCAGGGCCCCAUCAUCGGCACCAGUCGUCGCUCCAAGGCAUGCUGCACGCCGGGACGCCCGUCAUGGAAGAAGAUACGCGCGCCCAGGCCAACAUCCGUAUGCGCCACAUUCUUCAGCACUGCGAGGCUGCCGCAAACCAGCAGCCGCAGCAGGGCUACAACCACCCCGCCCUCGUCCGGCUCACCCACGACUAUGCGCGGUCGGAUGAUUCCAAGAGCCUUUUUUUGUCGAGCUUCUUCGAACAUCUGGAUCUUCCUCUCGCGGGCAACGUCACCGAUUCGGACGUCGAUUUCGGCGACCCGGAGGUGAAGGAGCGCCUUUGCAAAUCGGUGGACGCCUUCGCAGAGUACCUAAUGGACAACUUCUUCUUGCCGCUAAAGGCCGUUUCGAACAAAACUCCCCAGCCGUCCCCCAUCACCAAUUCCGCCGUUCAGAGGGCCCAAGGCUCCGAUUUGCCCCAAGCCGUCGUCGGUACGCCAGAACGCGUCUCGACUCUCCGCGGCACCUGUCUCGUCCGCGAUCGCCACCGCUGUGUGAUCUCACGCAAAUUCGAUACCACCGAGGGCCGUAAGCGUUAUGAAGCCGCGCCAGGAAAUGCCAGGGAUGAUGACGGCCAUCUAAUCGGGCCGCGUGACUUCCGGACUUUGGAAGUUGCCCAUAUCCUCCCGCAUUCGCUGACCAAAGCUUCAGACUCCCUGUUGGUACAUGGACGGCAACCCCCUUUCCCCAAGUCCCAGUCCCCGUAUUGGGUUUUGCGGGCUGACACCUAUAACGUGGCAUGUAGAGCCCAGGGAGAAAAGCCGCCUUGGAUGUUUUGAAUAUGUUCGACGUGGGAGUUGUGUACAUGAUUGAAGGCGCCGAAAUCGACCGGCCCUACAACGCCAUCACUCUAUCACAUGAGCACCAUCUUGACUUCGGCUCCUUUCAGAUCUUUUUUGAGCCUGUUCCCGACCAACCCCCGCAUACGUAUCGCAUCGAUGCGUUCAAGGAUUUCGUUGGCGAAACUCUAGGUUUGCCAGUUACGCGAACCCUUUACCUUACCGAAGACCGGAAUAUCGACCCGCCCUCGCCUCGUCUGCUUGCCAUUCAUAGCGCGAUUGGGCACAUCCUGCACCUUUCGGGGGCGGGUGAUUAUAUCGACCGGGUUUUUCGCGAUGCUGAAGAAUACGGAGUGCGGUCCGACGGAUCGACGCAACUCGGGAUUCUCCUUAGUUCGAAACUGAAUUCGGUUGCAUGCAUCGGCGUCCGGUCUUGACAGGCCAGCUCACCUCACCUGGAAACCUGAAGGGAAAAAGGAAAUUUGGCGGGAGAGCUGCGAACGGGAGACGAGAAACGGCCAACACUUUUAGGUGGGACCAAUCUUUCG